CUUUUUUAUUUUUAAUUUAAUUCCUCAUUUUCACCCCCUUUCUCUCGUCUCUGCCUUCAACCGUCGACACCACGUCUGAGACACACAUCCGAUCCGCACACCUCCGGUCCUCGCCGCUGCGGCUCGCCAUGAGCUCAGCUGUGUCUGAGCGAGUGGAGCUCGCUAAGUUCUGCAGCUUGCGAGACUGGUCCAAGGCAAUCCGAGUCCUUGACUCACUCCUCGCUCAGUCUUGCGGAAUACAAGACAUCUGCAAUAGAGCAUUCUGUUACAGUCAAUUGGAGCUUCACAAGCAUGUGAUUAAAGACUGCAACAAGGCGCUUCAGCUCGACCCAACGCUUCUUCAAGUUUACAUCCUUAAAGGUCGUGCAUUUUCUGCCUUGGGAAGGAAAGAGGAAGCUCUUGCAGUUUGGGAGCAAGGUUACCAAAUUGCUUUGCGGCAGUCUACCGAUCUGAAGCAGUUGCUAGAACUGGAAGAGCUUCUAGUAGUUGCAAAACAAGGCAAACAAGAGACAAGCAUCACUAGCGAAAACUAUGUGACUGAGUCGGGGGUACCUCUUCCUGCAUCUGAAUCCAAACCUCAUAUGAAUGGAAAAUCAAAUGAGACUUCUGAGACUCAGAAUCAAGAGGACUGCUUGAACGUAUGCAGCGAGUGCGAGAAAGUAUCUGAGUACCACAGUAAUAGUAGUGAUGAUUUAGACACACCACAAAAUGGAACAAGUGAGAAUGUCAAGGGGAAGUCAUUGAUGCCGUUAUCUGAAUCUGUACAUGACACGAGUGCCAAAACCUGUAUACCAUACAAAAAUCUCAGUGAAUUAAUUAAUGGAUCCAAGUCUAGCAAUGAUUCUGAGGAUACUUCUAAGGUUCAUGACAAGUCUGGUGAUAAGUUCGUCACACUCAGAUUAGGUGAUGAAACCACCAUGAAUAAAAAGCCUUCUAGUGUGAUAAAUGGAACUAGUGGUAUUCUGGAGAAAACGAGUUAUGAGUCUGAAUCCUGUAAUAACUUAAGUAAUGAAUCAGAACAAUGCAGUACAUCUUCUAUGAUUUCCAGCAAUUCAAAUGACACAACUGAAAUUUGCCGCAAGUCAAUUAACAAAUCUGACACUCAUGAUGUGAAAAGCAAUGAAGCCAGGAGGAAUAAUAAGUUCUGUCUUGCUAAGAUUUCAAAGACCAAAUCAAUCAGUGUAGAUUUUCGAUUAUCCAGGGGCAUUGCCCAGGUUAAUGAAGGGAAUUAUGCUUAUGCAAUAUCUAUCUUUGACCAGAUACUAAAAGAGGAUCCUGCUUAUCCUGAGGCACUAAUAGGAAGAGGGACUGCACAUGCUUUCCAACGAGAGCUUGAAGCUGCAAUUGCUGAUUUUACUAAGGCUAUAGAAUCCAACCCAUCAGCUGGUGAGGCUUGGAAAAGGAGGGGCCAGGCCCGUGCUGCCCUGGGAGAAUCUGUUGAGGCAAUCAAAGACUUGACCAAGGCUCUAGAGUUCGAGCCAAAUUCUGCAGAUAUAUUACAUGAAAGGGGAAUUGUCAAUUUCAAGUUCAAAGAUUUCCAUGCUGCUGUAGAUGACCUAUCUGAAUGUGUAAAACUAGACAAGGACAACAAGUCUGCAUAUACGUAUUUGGGAUUGGCAUUAUCUUCUAUUGGGGAAUAUGGAAGGGCUGAGGAGGCACAUUUAAAAUCUAUCCAACUCGACCAACAUUUUGUUGAAGCAUGGGCUCAUCUUACUCAGUUCUAUCAAGAUAUGGCAAACUCUAAAAAAGCAUUGGAAUGCCUUCAACAAGUUAUACAAAUUGAUGGGAGGUAUUCUAAAGCAUACCAUUUGCGUGGGCUACUAUACCAUGGGAUGGGUGAGCACAGGAAGGCAAUCAAGGAUUUAUCAAUUGGCUUGAGCAUUGAAAAAUCAAAUAUAGAAUGUUUAUAUUUACGAGCUUCUUGCUAUCAUGCUAUAGGAGAAUAUAGAGAGGCGGUGAAGGACUAUGAUGCUGCACUGGAUGUUGAACUAGACUCAAUGGAAAAAUUUGUGCUUCAAUGCUUGGCAUUCUAUCAGAAGGAGAUCGCCCUAUACACAGCUUCCAAAGUCAACGGUGACUUUUGCUGGUUUGAUAUUGAUGGAGAUAUUGAUCCACUCUUCAAGGAAUACUGGUGCAAGAGAUUGCACCCCAAGAAUGUUUGUGAAAAGGUUUAUAGACAGCCUCCUCUGCCUGAAUCUUUGAAGAAAGGGAAGCUCAGAAAGCAAGAUUAUGCCAUUACAAAGCAGAAGACUGCACUUCUACUUGCUGCUGACUCAAUUGGCAAGAAAAUCCAAUAUGAUUGCCCUGGCUUCUUACCCAAUAGGCGUCAGCAUCGUAUGGCAGGAUUAGCUGCCAUUGAAAUUGCACAGAAGGUUUCAAAAGCUUGGCGUUCCUUGCAAGCAGAUUGGAAAUAUUCUAAUAAAAGUUCAAAAAGUGGGAAGAAACUCAGGAGAAAGGAAAGAUUCAGUAUGGCUAGCCAGAACAGAGGUGGUGCUUGUUGUAGUACUAGCAACUCUGCAGAAACAUCAACUUCGUCUGGCAUUACUGAAGAAAGACAAUCUGGUCGUUCUAUGAUGUCAUGGCAUGAUGUCUAUUCAUUGGCUGUCAAGUGGAGGCAAAUUUCUGAGCCUUGUGACCCUGUUGUGUGGGUGAACAAGUUAAGUGAAGAAUUCAAUUCUGGAUUUGGGUCUCACACACCAAUGAUCCUUGGACAAGCGAAAGUUGUCCGAUAUUUUCCUAAUUAUGAAAGAACAUUAGUUGUAGCAAAGACUAUCAUGAAGGAUAAACCAUUUGUGAACAACAAGGAUGAUGAGACUAUUGAUCUUUCUAAAGAAGAAAAGUCAGAGAAGAUUUCAAAUGCAAAAUCAUGUGAUGAUCUUUACAAACUUGUUGGUGAAGAUUUCUGGUUGGCUACUUGGUGCAACAGUACAGCAUUUGAAGGGAAGCAACUUGAAGGGACAAGGAUUACCUUAGUGAAAAUGGGUGAAAAAGGAUAUGACUUUGCCAUCAGAACGCCUUGUACACCUUCAAGAUGGGAAGCUUUUGAUGCAGAAAUGGCAAUGGCAUGGGAAGCUUUGUGCAAUGCUUAUUGUGGCGAAACAUUCGGGUCUACUGAUUUCGAUGUGCUCGAAAAUGUUAGAGAAGCUAUUUUAAGGAUGACAUAUUAUUGGUACAAUUUCAUGCCACUGUCAAGAGGCACUGCUGUUGUUGGUUUUGUUGUUCUGCUGGGGUUGUUUCUUGCAGCUAAUAUGGAAUUCUCAGGUAACAUCCCAAAAGGUGUACAGGUGGACUGGGAAGCCAUUCUGAACUUUUCUCCAAACUCCUUCAUCGAUUCUGUAAAGAGUUGGUUGUAUCCUGCACUAAAGAUGAAGACAUCUUGGAAAGAUUAUCCGGAUGUAGCCUCAACUUUUGCAACAACAGGAUCUGUUGUUGCUGCUUUAAGCACCUAUGAUGAUUGAGCUUUUAUUUGAACUAUGGUGCAGAGUUAUUGCUGGCAUAUAUAUGGACUUUAGGCAGUUUAUCUUUCUUGUGGCAGUUACUUCUGUACACUUAUGGGUCAACAGGAGCAACCUGAAUCCAAUUGAGGCAAGAUUUCUUCACAUUUACACGCUUGCAAUGUUGUAAACGUGUUGUAUACUGAUUUGUUGUACAUCAUUUUAGAAUAAUAAUGUUUCAAAAUCACUUUCCGUUACAGUUGUCUUAACUAAUGCAUUGAAAAUAGAUGGCUUCUCUGAAUUGUAGUUAAAUUUAUUUGAACAUCGUUCAAGUGAUUGUGCCAUUGCUUUUAGGAUACAUGCAAUUUGGAUGGAUGUAGUGGGUUAGUUAUGAUGUGCCACAUAAACAAAUCUGAUUGGUUAAUACAGCAGAUUUUGGGUUGAUUUUCUGGAACAUCUUAUAAUUGCCGAUUAGACAGAUUGUCUUCGUUUUCAUCCCGCUUUAUCCAAUUUUAAUAGUGGGAACAACAGAAGAUUCACUGCUGGUAGGCACAAUAGUGUUAUGCUCAGCCAAUUUGGGCACACAAAUUUACAUACUUGUUGCCUUUUCCUCUAUUCUCUUUACCUGUGUUCUCUAAGGCAAGGUUACAACGACUUCCAUCCUGAUGGCACAUCAUCUUACGUAAAGUUUCAAAAGAAUACUGGUGAGGGGUGAAGGUCUGACUCAUGGCUAUCACGUGGACACUCACAAGGCCAAAAGAGACAGCUCCUUCGGCUUAUCGCUGUAGGAAGACUUUGUGAUCAAAUAUCAUCAAUGCUAUAUGAUGGUGAUUGUCGAGUCAGUUCGUGAUCAUAUCUUUUCCUCCCUCUCUGAAUCCACUUGAUUUCCCGUCACCUCAUUUGGAUAUUGUUACCCCUAAAAUCCUGCAAGUCAUACCUCAUGAUAGAAAUUAGAACAAGGUGCAUCACCAAUUUCUGCUAGAAAAAUAAGAAAAGGAUUCACUGAUAACCCUCUCCUUUCACUUAGUCUCUCCCUACAGAAAAGGGUUGUUAGAAGGAAAUUGUUUAAAAUAAAAUGUGUCCAAACUA